ACCUUGAUGAUAAAGCAAAUAUAAAAGCUGUAACAUCAAAUGUACAAGUAUUUCCCGAUAAAGUGUUUGUAAAUAACAGGCUUACAAAAUAUAAAUGGAACAUGCCUGGCAACAGUAGUAUCUGGUGAAAUGGCGUCAGGUUACCUAGUGCUCGGUCUAUUUUAGCUAUCUGAUAUAUAGCUAGCUAUAUUCAAUAACCUUUGACUGAAUAGAAGUGCAUUUUCAAUAGAAUAAAUAACGUAAUUGUUAUAUAUUUCAAAAUGUCUGACUCGGAAGAGGACAGUCAAGAUAAGCAACUUAAAAUUGUAGUCAUCGGAGACGGCGCAUCGGGGAAGACGUCACUCGCCACCAGGUUUGCCCAGGAGGCCUUUGGGAAACAAUACAAACAAACCAUUGGCCUUGAUUUCUUUCUGAAGAGAAUAACUCUGCCAGGCAACUUGAAUGUUACUUUGCAAGUGUGGGAUAUUGGAGGUCAAUCGAUCGGAGGGAAAAUGCUGGAUAAAUAUGUCUACGGGGCUCAGGGUGUUCUUCUAGUGUACGACAUUACAAACUACCAGAGCUUUGAGAAUCUGGAGGACUGGUACGGCAUGGUCAAGAAGGCCAAUGAAGAGUCAGACGUCCAGCCUGUGGUCUCACUGGUGGGAAACAAAAUUGACCUGGAGCAUAUGAGGACAGUGAAGGCUGACAAGCACCAGCGUUUCUGCCAAGACAACAGCCUCAUCAGUCAGUUCGUAUCAGCCAAGACUGGAGACUCAGUGUUCCUGGCAUUCCAGAGAGUGGCUGCAGAGAUUCUGGGGGUGAAGCUCAACAAAGCAGAGAUUGAGCAGUCCCAGCGUGUGGUGAAGGCAGACAUCGUGAACUACAGUCAAGAACCUGUGGCGAGGACAGUCAACCCCCCGCGCAGCUCCAUGUGUGCGGUGCAGUGACCGCCUCUCUCCCCCACCUCCCCUCUUGCCCCUCCACAAACUGACUAUAGCAGUGAGGGCUUCUGACCAGCAGGCUGCCCCCAACACACUGGCCCAUAGCCAAAGCAGGGGAAUUGAGCCAGCUUGGUUUAUUCUGCUACACACACACACCUUCUCUCUCUCUCUCAACGCACAAGUCUUUAGAAAGGCUUUAUAUCAGUAUUUCCUUUUUUGAGGGUUUUCAGGGUCAUUGGAUAUUUUAAGAUUUGAAUGUGAGGAUCUCUCUGUAUGUACAGUUUGUAUAUGUAAAGGGACCCCACAGUAUAUUCCUGGCUUCAAUACAUUUAAUCUAUUUUCAUGAAUGGAUUUCUUGAGUAGUAAUCAGCUUUGGUUGCAGCAUACGUCUGUUUAAAUAUGAAGUUAUGCUGAAAGCAAAUGGGCCCUCCACUUUUUCAGCAAUAUAUUUUGAGCAACUGUUAUAUUCUUUUGUCAUUUUUUUUCUUCUACUGUCUUCAUUAUUCAAUUAUUCUUCAAAGGACCAUUUUUGAUUGUGUGUGUGUGUAUGCAUGUAUGUAUUCAACAAAAAUAUAAACGCAACAUGUAAAGUGUUGGUCCCAUGUUUCAUGAGCUGAAAUUGAAGAUCCCAGAAAUUGUCCAUAGGCACAGAAACGUAUUUCUAUCAAACGUUGUGCACAAAUUUGUUUACAUCCCUGUUCGUGAGAAUUUCUCCUUUGCCAAGAUAGUCCGUCCACCAGGUGUGG